AUGGGAGGAUCAGCUGGUUUCGAUGGACCUUGUCCUUACACGGGGCGCUGGGUCGCAGAUCCAACCAUGGAGGCAGCUGCAGAUCUUCAGGACACAGCCUCCUUGGCCCUGAAGUUUGAGUUUAACCCAAAGCUGGGCAUUGAUAAUCCUGUCCUCUCCCUGGCUGAAGACUACGACCCUUCUGAUCUCUGGAGCCUGGAACGGCCUCGCUUCUACCUGCUGAAUAAAGAGGAGGGCAGGACUUUUGGCUUCCACCUGCAGCAGCAGCCGGGCAGGGCUGGGCAUGUGGUGUGCAGGGUGGAGCCAGGCUCUUCCGCCCAGCGCCAGGGUCUUCGAGAAGGAGACUGGAUCCUGGGGGUGAACAACCACGUCGUGGAGCAUGAAGAUUAUUUGAUGGUGAUUCGCCGGAUCCGGGCCAGUGGGCCUCGGGUGUUGCUGACAGUUUUGGCGCAGCAUGUGCACGAGGUGGCCCGAGCUCAGCGGGGGAACAACAACACCCAUCUUUGUCCCCCUCUCGGCCAGGGGGUCCGGCCUCGGCUGUGCCACGUAGUGAAAGACGAGGGCGGCUUUGGCUUCAGUGUCACCCAAGGACGUCGGGGUCCUUUCUGGUUAGUGCUGAGCACUGGAGGAGCAGCUGAGCGGGCAGGAGUGCCCCCUGGGGCCCGGCUGCUAGAAGUGAAUGGGGUCAGUGUGGAAAAGCUCACACAUAACCAACUCAGCAGGAAGCUUUGGCAGAGUGGCAAGCAGGUGACCCUGCUGGUGGCAGGGCCAGAGGUGGAGGAACAGUGUCGCCAGCUGGGAAUGCCCCUGGCUGCUCCUCUGGCAGAGGGGUGGGCACUGCCCACCAAGCCCCGCUGUCUGCAUCUUGAGAAAGGGCCCCAGGGCUUCGGGUUCGUGCUCCGGGAGGAGAAGGGCCUUGACGGUCGCCUCGGUCAGUUCCUUUGGGAGGUGGACCCAGGACUGCCAGCGGAGAAGGCCGGGAUGCAGGCUGGGGACCGGCUGGUGGCUGUGGCUGGGGAGAGCGUGGAGGGGCUGGGCCACGAGGAGACAGUGUCCAAGAUCCGGGCGCAGGGCUCCCGAGUCUCCCUCAUUGUCGUCGACCCCAAGGCUGACCGCUUCUUCAGUAUGGUUCGCUUGUCUCCACUCCUCUUUUUGGAGAGCACAGAGGCUCCUGACUCUCCCCGGGGUAGUGGCUCAGCCGCUGUGGUUGAGACCAACAGCCCACUUGUCGACACAACUGUGGCUCCUGUCCCGUGCAGCUUCCGCCAGUGCUUCCUGUACCCUGGGCCUGGUGGCGGCUAUGGCUUCCGACUCAGCCAUGUGGCCAGCAGGCCUGGUCUCUUCAUCUCCCAGGUGACCCUAGGAGGCUCCGCUGCCCAGGCAGGGCUGCAAACAGGAGACGUGAUUCUGGAGGUGAAUGGGUAUCCCAUGGGUGGAGAGAAUGACCAGGAAAGACUUCAGCAGCUGGCUGAGGCGAAGCCACCCCUAUGCCUGAAGUUGGCGGCCAGAUCUCAGCAGGGCUUGGAAGCCUGGAUUCCCCCAGGGUCCAGAGAGGAUGGGGUUCUGGCCUCAGAUCUGCUGUAG